AUGGUCGUCGCCUCUAUGCAGCACCACCCCCACCACUCGCAGGGUCCGGCGCCGCCUCAGCACUUACAGCAUCCUCGGCCCUCGAGCAUCGUUCAUCAGCAACAUCAUCAGGCGCCUCCACCGCAGUCCCAACACCCGUCUGCAUACUCGUCAUACCAGCCUGCAGGACAGACGCAGAGCAGCCAACACGCACACGCGCACGCGCAAGACGGACUUCCGUACUACGCUCAUCCCAGCCCCUACAGCACACCCGGAACAACUAGCGGUUACCCAGCCGCUGACACCUCCGAAAUGAUGGCCGCAGCGCAGAUGCCUCGACCGUACCCGCCGAUAUAUCACACUCCUCAAUCAAACUCGCCAGCUUCUGUUGCCUCUCCUUCUGGUCAUGAUCAGCAUCGCAGCCUCUACGGUGCCCCGGCGCCACUUCAGCAGCAACAGUCUAUGUAUUAUGGCGCGCAGCAACCUCAGUACUCGAACAUCCCGCCACAAACUGCUCCCUCGCCCUACCAGCAACAUGCCCAGCAACCGCAUCAGUCCAUGACGUCGCAACCCAGCAUGAUGAUGUCUCACCCGAGUUCGCAGCAUCAGAUCCAGCAACACCCGAGUCAGCAUGGGCAGCCAGGUUUGACUGGCAGCCCGCGUCACGCGAAAAUGGAGCCUCAAGUGCCACCGCAAUUGCAACGACCGGCCUCUGGUCCACUGGGCACUCCGCAGCAGCACCAACAGAACGGUAGUGGACCACUUUCCACGCCUGGCGGUUCCUCGCCUGGUGUGAAUUCAAACGCAGCGCCUGGUCCUAUUCCGGCAACUACGCCUCUUGUUGUGAGGCAAGACAACAACGGCGUUCAGUGGAUUGCGUUCGAGUACUCACGUGAUCGCGUCAAGAUGGAAUAUACGAUUCGUUGUGAUGUUGAGUCGGUCAACACGGACGAGCUCCCCAGCGAUUUCAAGACGGAAAACUGCGUGUACCCGCGGGCGUGCUGCCCCAAAGACCAGUAUCGCGGUAACCGUCUACAAUAUGAGACGGAGUGCAAUACGGUGGGCUGGGCAUUGGCUCAGCUGAACCCCUCGCUGCGAGGAAAGCGAGGUCUGAUUCAGCGCGCGGUGGAUAGCUGGCGCAACAGCAACCAAGACCCGCGUCUGCGAAGUCGACGCGUUCGACGCAUGGCCAAGAUGAACAACCGCAAGGCGGUUCAGGCUCCUCAUCCGUCACACAUGUCCGGCCCCAGUGGUCCGGCAGGGAUCCCCGCCCCUGGUGCCAUGGGCCCUGGCGGUGGGACAGCCAUGGGCAAGCCUGGUAUGGGCAACAUGGGUGGCUCACAGAUGCACCACCACCAUGCUCACUCUGAUGGGAACUCUCAGGGAGGGGAAGAAGUCGUUGCUUUGCACCUUAAGCCUUCUGCUUGGGACGGAGAGUACAUGGAUGAGAACCACCAUCACCACCACCAGGCCCCAUCCGGCCCCGGUUCCGGUCACGGCGAUGAUGUCCGCCAGGCCCAGGUCUUCCCUGGGUACCCCCAGCCAUACCCCAGCAACUCAGGUCCCGGAUCCGGCAUGCCCCCCUCGUCUCACCACAAUGCCAUCGCAGCACGCAACAACGGUACCAGAGACGAUGACGAAGCACCGUCCAACUUGUUCCCCGACAUUCCUGACGCGAAGAAGCGCAAGUUCAUUCUCGUCGAUGAUAACAAGCGAGGAUGCCGUCUACGAGUUCGUGUAACUCUGGACAAUGUCGAUACCAAGGAGAUACCCGAUUCUUUCCGCAAGAGCUCUUCCGUCUUUCCGCGCAGUUACUUCCCGCGCGAGAUGCAGAGCCCGCCGCCAAGUGCUACGGGCAGCCGCUUCUUCCAGGAGGAUCUGGACGAUGACGACGUGGAAGUCGAUGGCGGCCGUACUGGACGCUCCAGAGGCAACACCAGCCGCGACCGUGUCAUGGUAAAGGUGCCCUUCUCCGAUGGCUCCGACGGUGAGGUUGCCAUUCCCCGCACCCGGAAGGGUACACGGGGCAGGGAAGUCCGCCUUAACGACCUUGGUUACCGCAUGGCCUGGCUGCAGAGUCGUGUCUUUUCUGGUAGAACCAUAUUCCUCCAGAGAGCUCUUGAUUGCUACCGCAACAAGACCCGGAACGCCAUCGAGUCCGUCAUGCAGGAUGUCAAGACGACGGUGCCGCACUACGAAACUCGAGCUGGCAAGCGAAGAUGGAGCGAGCGUAUGCGCCAAGGAGCUGACAAGCGCGACGACGAAUAG